AUGCACCCUAACCAACAUUUGCCAUUUUUUGUACGAGGAAGCGUUGUUGCUGGAUUUGGGCGAGGUGGUAAAGAAUUGGGCUGUCCAACAGCCAAUCUGGAUGAAGCGGUGGUUAAUGCUCUACCAACGGAUCUCCCAUGUGGUGUUUUCUACGGCUUGGCAAGAAUAGAGGGGAGAGAGGUUGUUGAUCUAGUUUAUCUCGGUUGUCAAAAUGGUGGCUAG